UAUACCAGUGAAGCUCACUUUAAUGUCACAAAGAUAUGAGAACCAAGAUCCUAAUCCAUAUUUCGAAUUAGUUAAUAAGGGUACAGUUGGAUUUAAUGCUAAAGAUGAAAAUAGUCAAAUGCCAAAAUAA